GAAUCUGGAAGCGGGGAGUGGCACUGCAGUCACAUGAGUCGGAGAUAGCGCGGGACAAGCUCCGUCGACGUCAACGACGGUCGCCUUCAAAGCUCUCAAAAACACCUCCACCUCCGAUUGACUUCCACCAUCAUUGCAAGCAACCACACAACACAUCUUUAAGAUGGCUUUCACGAUGCGCCAACCUUUUAAGCUGACCUCCGCGCUGGCAGGAGUUUCAAAGUCAGCUUUCCGAUCGACUGCCGCCCCAGUCCGAUCAUUCCACAGCAGCAGACCAGCAAACUCGUUCUUCACCUCGAGAAAAGCUACGCCUAUUACGACACUUACAAAGGCGAGAUAUGCGUUCAGACAGAGUAGGACGUAUAUGCAGGAGCCGGUCGCGCAAGCUCCAGGAGGAAACUUGACGCAGAAGCUUAUAAUCGGGGGAGCCAUCUUUGGGGGUACGCUCGUGGCUAUAAAUCUAGUAUUCAACCGAGAGACGCGCGAGGAUGGCGGGAUGCCUCCAUUCGAGCGGGCAUACCUGAACGACACCUUCAUGCACACUGGCCUUGGAAUCGGUAUCAUCGGACUGUCCGCAAGAGCAAUGUUCCAAAGCGGCUUCACAUACCGGUUGAUGGCUACAAACCCAUGGGUUGUCAUGAUUGGAGGUCUUGCUUUGAGCAUUGGAACCAUGAUGGGAACGCGAGCUACCAGCCCAGAUAACUACAUCCAGAAAUACGGUCUCUGGGCCGGCUUCAACGUCACUCAAGGCGCUCUUCUCGCUCCUCUCCUCUUCAUGGCACCACCAGCUCUCAUUGCCCGCGCUGGUCUCUAUACGCUAGCUAUGAUGGGUUCCAUCUCCUUCGUUGGCGCCACCGCUAAGCAAGAGAAAUAUCUGUACCUCGGUGGACCUCUCCUCGCAGGAGUAGCUCUCGUUGCCGUCUCCGGAUUCGCACCUCUCGUUCUCCCCGCCACAGCAGUCCGCACUCUCGCCUUCACAGAGAACAUCUGGUUGUACGGAGGUCUCGCAGUCUUCGGUGGUUUCACGCUCUAUGAUGUCCAGAAGAUUCUUAUGCAUGCUAGGAUGGCGGAGAGAGGGUUGAUGGCUAAGGACCCUGUCAACGAGAGCAUCAGUCUGGAGCUGGAUUUCUUGAAUAUCUUCAUUCGGAUGGUGCAGAUUUUGAUGAUGCAGCAGGGAAGGAGGAAGUAGAGGGUGGUGAUUGGAAUGGAAUGGAAAGGGGAUGGAAUACCAUGGGGUUUAGGAGUAGUGGGGUUCUGUAUUAUGAAGAUGACAAGUAGUCUCCUCUCUUUUGUUUGUAAGCAUUAGCGGGUUGGCAAGCCUGAAAUUGACCAAUAUGCAUAAAUCAAUAAGCAGUUUAUUGCCAUCAACAGUAAAGCCUGUGGUAUCAAAUCCGACUAUAAACCUAGCCUAAUUGAUCUGGAGAGAAUUUUACAAAAGACAAUAUUGAUCAUCCAUCACUUGCAAUUUGCAAGUAACUCCAAACUUGUAACAUUCUGCUCGUCUGUCUACAUCUAGGACGUAAGGCCAGAGCCAGCCAUUAAUAGGCAACUGAAGGACUAAUAGUACACACUCCCAACAUGCGGUAAGCGAGGCCAGAAAAGGGGGAAUGAAAACAACUCCUAGGUAUACCACACCUCACAGAGCUCUUUAUAUCCAUACUUCUGUUUGUCAUCCAUUCAAGCACCUUUAAUACACCCCCAGAAUGGAUCUAGGACUAUAUUUAUUCCUAGAGAACACAAUAGAGGGCUCGGAUUAUUCUAAUUGCCGAUUUGCUGCUCGGCAAGAAGGGAGGGCUCGCAUCGUGGAAUGAUCCUCUUUCAGUGUUUAAACUUUAUAUAGAGUUUUCGAAGUGAUGAAGUAAAAUGUCUCUAGGGAGGAUGUGCUGUUGUUCUGGUGCUUCUGUUAAAGAGUGAGGGGGGUUCAGUACAUAUAUUGGGCACAGUAGGCAAGAUUACAAAUCGUCUAGAAACUCGAUGGGUCAUUUCGUUGCGAUAGUUCUUAUUAUCCACGAUCUUAGGGAGAUUUGAGGUGAUGAAUAGGUGAAGUUGUAUCACUUUCUUGGACUUGGACUGGGCUUGAGCAUCUCGUUGUUCCUAAGAAGCAUCAAAUACAGUGGGCUCCGGCUUGACGAGCAGAGGUAUGAUCAAUGCUCACAAAAGUAAAUAAAAUGAAAGGAAUAUAUGGUAUGGUAGUA